AAAUAUGAGAUCCACUAAGAAACAUGCUACUAUACAAGGAGAGAAUCAAUUUAAAUUGUCAGUUGGAUAGAUAAUAGCUUAGAAAUUUAAAUUAUUAGAUAAAGUUGGAUAAGGGAGUUUUGGUAUGAUAUAUAAAACAGAGAAUUUGGAGACAGGUGAUAUCUUUGCAACAAAAUUUGAGAAGAGAGAAGAGAAUUCAAAUGGAAUGAGUUUAUUGGUGAGAGAAAUAAAAGUUUUAAUAGAGGUUUAAGAAUUUGAAGGUAAUAUACUAAUCGAUAAAGGUUUUCCAUAGAUCGUAUUUUAUGGGAGAGAUGAACAUUAUAAUUAUUUUAUGCAAACCUAUUUGGGUUAGAAUUUGGAACAUCUUCUAAAGCGAAAUAAUUAUAAACUUAGUUUGACAACUGUAUGUAGGAUAGGAAUGAAUUUGAUAGAUAGAUUAAAAUUAUUACAUUCUAAAAACUUGAUUCAUAGAGAUUUGAAACCAGAUAAUAUGUGUAUAGGUUAUGAGGAUGUAGAUUAAAUCUAUUUAAUUGAUUUUGGAUUAGCAAAGUAUUAUAGAGAUUAGAAUGGUAAUCAUAUACCAUAGACAGAAAAAAAGGGAAUUAUAGGAACAGCAAGAUAUGCUAGUUUGACAGCUCAUUUAGGUAAUACAUUAUGAAUAUUAAAUAAAAGCUAAAGAAUAAUCACGUAAAGAUGAUAUUGAGAGUUUGGGAUAUGUAUUAGUCUAUUUAGCAAAAGGGAAAUUACCAUGGAUGAAUUUGAAUACAACAACAAAGUCUGAAAAGUAUUAGAAAAUUAAAGAGUUCAAACAAUAAUUGACAUUAGAAAAGCUUUGCGAAGGAUUGCCAAAAGUUUAACCUAAUUAUCAUCUUUUAAGUGUUUCUUGAAUUUAUUCAUCUAUGCACGUGGACUCGACUUUUAGGGUGAACCAGAUUAUGCAUUCCUGAAAGAACUGUUCUAGAAAUAAUUACAAUAAGAAUUGUCAUCAUUAUAAGCCUUGAAUACAUUAGAAUA